AUGACCGUCUUCAUCGCGUCCUUAUUCCUCCCAUAUACCAUCGACUUCGACAUUCAUAUGUUCAAAAAAAAAUCACGUCCACUUUCCAGUUAUGCAGUGGAUGGCUCUGGAGCGAUACAUUGGGAAGACCUAUCCGCGGAUAUACCUCCCAACAUCAUGCCCAGAGAGCUUCCCCUGACCCCUGGGGCUACCAUAGACAAUGAGAAGGUAUUCUUUGAAUAUACUUCCCGAAUAUCAGAUAAGCCCGCAUACGAUCGGAGUCCUAGUGAGCACCGCGACGUUAUCUGGGGUUGCAGUCAAAAGUUCACCCAACCCCGGUCCCUGGCGACUGAAACUCCAACCUCGUCCAUAUCGAAUGCCCCUUCACAAGAGGGUCCAGCGAAGAACCUCUCUCUCGAUGGAUCACAAGAUCGUAUGAGAGGGCAGCUCUCACAGAAGUUGAUCUGUUCUUCCUCUUGGAGAGCCAAGACCACCGAAAGGGGCCUUGGUGGCUUGACCAACGCUAUUCACGCUGCCGAACAGAAGGGAAUUUUGGAGGACUAUCUGUGGGUGGGAACAGUAGGAAUGCCCACUGAUUCAUUGACCAAGUAUACCAGAGGGGAAAUCGCCGAAUAUUUACGAGAGGAAAAAAAGUCAUUGGCUGUGUUUGUUGAGGACACCGAGUUCGAGGGCCACUACACUCACUUCUGCCAUGAGGUACUUUGGCCAGCUCUCCAUUACCAGAUGCAGGAAAGCCCGCGGCAUUCGGAGUUCGAGCGUUACUCUUGGGAUCAAUACGUCAAACUCAAUGAGGCAUUUGCAGACACUAUAGUCGAGCAUUGGAAGCCAGGCGAUGAGAUAUGGGUCCAUGACUAUCAUCUGCUAAUCCUUCCCGGCAUUCUGAGGAAGAGAAUCCCCGAGGCUCAGAUCGGCUUCUUCUUGCACACCCCCUUCCCUUCCUCGGAAGUGUUUCGCUGCUUAUCCCCACGCGAUCAAUUGCUUGAUGGCAUCCUGGGUGCUGACCUUGUCGGUUUUCAGACAGAAGAGUACCGCAAUCAUUUUGUUCAGUCAUCCAGCCGGCUCCGGAGACUGGACACCUCGGUCAAUCAGGUCACUUUCAACGGCAGGAUCGUGCUCGCUGAGAGCGUUCCCAUGGGCAUUGAUCCAUCGCUUCUGAACAAAUCACGUAACAGGACCGAAGUCCAAGGUUGGAUAAGCAGUAUCUCAUACAGGUACCCAAAUCAGCGGUUGAUUGUCGCGCGGGAUCGUUUGGAUGUCUCUGGGGGGAUCAAGCAAAGACUCUUGGCAUAUGAGCGAUUCUUGUUGAGGUACCCCGAAUGGAGAAACGAUGUCGUUCUGAUUCAGAUCAUCUCGUCUGCGGGUGCAGUCUCAGAGCUUGAGGCGCAGGUCUCCAGAAUCGCGAUGAGAAUUAACACAACACACUCAUCUCCAGCCCAUCAAACAUUGGUGUUGCUUAAGCAAGACAUCCAUACCCAUCAGUUCAUUGCUUUACUCAGUAUCGCAGACAUAUACAUGGCCACUGGCCUGCGCGAGGGAAUCAAUUUGACAAGUCAUGAAUUCAUUCUUUGUCAAGACAAAUGUUUUGGGUCUAUCGGGUAUGGAUCACUCAUUAUAAGUGAAUUUGUGGGAAGCGCUUCGAUACUGCACAAACGCAAUGGCGCAACGUUCCAGGCUCACGAGCUUCUUGUCAAUCCCUGGGAUUUCAAACAGUGUGCCGAAGCAAUACACACCGCACUUGAAAUGUCGCCAGAGAGAAGAUUCACCGAAUGGAAGCAUUUAUUCCAUCUUGUCUCCAAGUUCAGUGCGAUCAGCUUCCACGAACAGCUUCAAGUCGCUCUCCAAAAAAGCUGUGUUCAAUCGCUUCGUCAAGUCUCCGACACCUCCCCACUGCCAAUAGGUGUGAUGAAUCUCCUUUAUCAUGCCAUCGACACUCGGCUUUUCUUCGUUGAGGACGCGGACAUAUAUGGUCCAGAUCCUCUCGUGAAAGGGUCCUCACUGUCAGCGAGGGCCUUCAAGAUCUUCAAAAAUUGCUUCCGUGAGUCGGGGGACAAAAUUUAUCUCAUCAGUAACAAGACUCUGCACCAGCUCAGCGAAAUGUUCCCUGAAUUGCCUCCUGAGAUUGGAAUCAUUGUGGAGAACGGUUCUUUCGUCCGACAUCCCAACACAAGAUACUGGGUUACAGUGACUUACCCGUGCGAAGAAUGGCUUGGCAGCAUCCGCAAGAUGAUGGAAGAUUGCCAAGAACGAACGGAAGGCAGUCGAGUUGAGGUUUUUCCGUGGUCAUUGAUUUUCCAUUACGACGAUGCCUCAGACCACGAAGCUGCCGCUCGUCAAGCAUCUGAACUAGCAGCUCAGAUCAACGGAGCCCGCGGUAAAGCAUCAUUCCAAAUCAUUCGCAACGAGACUUCAUUCACUGUCGAACUGUCUUCGUCUGAGUAUGGGCGCGGAAGAGCGGCUCAAUCUAUUCUCGAAGGUCUUACAAAAGCAGAGUUUCCUAAAUUAGUGAUGGUGACUGGCAAAUCGCCAGAUAACGAAGCGCUAUUUCGCUGGGCAUCUGAUUUGACCUCGGCUUCUCGUCCACGACAAUUUAGGACCCCGGGAAUUGGAGCCGAGCUUUGGGUAGAGACUCUGGCGACUGGCCCUCAUGCCAGGGGGGCAAAGUCCACAUUGCCAGAUGGGUUUUCGUUUCUGAGGACCAUGAAUUGGCUUUUGAAUGGGAGGUCGGAUGAAGGGGUGGGCAACUGA